ACAGUCGCUUCCACGGCCUCGGAGCGGGCGAGUUGUUGGUCUCCUUGGAAAAAAGCAAAACACGCUCUCUCGUUUGCGGCGACGACGAGUGUAAUGGCCACCACCGUGGGCCUAGGAUAGCAGAGGAGGCGGUUCGAGUUUUCGUUUCGUUCGAGAACGGUGAAUGUCGCGGAACGAUUUACCGGCUAAUCGAGUAAGUACAAAGUGAAUGAAACUCGCGCGUGUCGAACUACUGCCGCUCUUUCGUCCUUCGUCGGUGGCUCGUCGUACGUCCACAUCCCGGUGAAGAAGUGCGUGUACAUAGAAAGCAAGUGCAUCAGUGUACUUAAUGUGUGUCAGCCAUUGUCGAGCGUGCAUCCUAGUGCCGGUCGGUCUACUCGAAUCUCCAAGACCAAACACUGGAUAAUAUUGGUUCCUGGCUUCGUCCGCGGGAUUCCACCCCUUCGACUUGUGAUACUGCACGUAGGAUCGAUUACGGCGAUGCACGGGUGCUUUCUCGAUGGCUCAUAGCGGCACGCUUCUAAUUAGCGAUAUUAUCCCAUUUCGCUUAUUAGAAGCCGUAAAAACAUGAAGAUCGAUCUCGUCCGGUUCCACUUUACCUAGGACGGGCCACGCUUCCAGUCUAGAUUCUCGUCCGAGGCGCGAAAUAAUUUGAAGCAACGACUUGCCAUCGGUUCCUUCCACGAAAACGGCCUCCUAUUAUUAGGCCGCCGCUAAAUACCAGACAACCGCAAUAAGCAACGCCGACCGUUCCAAAAAACAAGUGCCGGUGAUUCACAGACACCGUUCGAAGAGGCGAAAAGUGGUUUCGGCGCGGAGCGAGCAUCGAGAGAGAGAGAGGAGAGAAAGGGAUAAAAGGCAGCUCUCGGUGGCGCACACGUUUCGAGGAAAUGAAUGGACGCGGUAACUACGGGAGCAUCUCAUCCAGAAGGAACACACCGACUGAUUCCACACAUUAAAUGUACCCCCAGGAAUUCAGGUUCCGCCCGAGGCUCUCGCGAAUCUGGGAUGGCUUCGAGCAAUGAUGAUAUCGGAUUAAGCCCGGCUAACAAGUUCGCCUCGGUUCUAUCGUCCGUAAAAGUAGAUAGGUUUUAAAUCGAGUCUUGCCCUGGGAACAAGGCAACGUUGUAACGCCGUUACCACGGCGAAAUAAUCCGAGGGUUAUUGAAUCCCGAUGAUAUAAUGCAAGUACACGAGGCAAGCCGGUAAUAGUCGCUCGUGUACGGAGCUUUCCACUGUACCCUUAACGAAAUAGAGAAAAGGAGCGAGUGUACUCUCUGUGUUUGCUGCUUCUCUAUAGACGUUGAAAAGAGAUCGGUGGCGACCAUCGACAGAGAGGGUAUAGUCAGCGAUCCAUUCUUAAUUUCCAAUUCGCAGUCGAUCGGUCCUGGCGGCGAAUCGCGUGGAAAUUUGGUCUCGCGGCGCCGUCGUUCGAAAAUGUAGAUAGUCGAGCGCGUACUCGACGGAUAACGGAGAAGAGGAACGAUACGGAUCGCUCGAAGAGGAAUUCGAGUAGUCGGAGCACCGAUCGAAUUGACCACGGAACCACUCCCAAAGAUCAGGCCAGUGAUACAGUUAUUAUCCAUAGAGAAACGGAGAAGGCGGCAAGGGGUUUCGGCAAAGUGGAAUGCACUCGCCGCCGUCUAGAACGUUUAGAAAUGUAAUAUUUGAGUUGGAGAUGACGAGACUUGCUGUGAGGCUGUAGCCCGCAAUACCGACAAAAGUUUCCGAAAGAAGAGCGCGGCGAGCCGAAGCCGAAGGGCAGAUAAAAUAGGGAUUCGUUAGAGGAAGAUACACAGACGUCGUCACAAGUGUCCUUAGAACGUUGAGUGUACUUGCUCGUAGUCGUGCGCGUCCCGGCACAGGGCUCUCUCGUUUUCUAUUCUCGGUUAUGGAAUGAACCGAUGCCCGGCUGAACGCUUAGGCUGUUGGUGCUUCUCCCGCUUCAGGUUCUCCCGCUAUCGAGCAUCGUUGUUAUCAUGACCUCAACGACGCGUCCGCUCCCGUCGACGCUGAUGCUUCUCGUCCUAUGCUUCUGCUCGAUCCCGCUCUCUUCGGCGAGCGGCGACGGUGGACCGAACAGCCCGAUCUUCAACUUGGACAAUACCGCGUUGGAGAAGAACAUCGCGGCGAUAUUCAGCAAAGUGGCGCACAGUUCAGCGACCACCAAGCGUAGCGUGCCGGCCUAUGAUGCCCAAGUCUCGGCCAGCACGACCCUGUCGACGGUGCCGUCACCCUUGACGACCACCACUACGACUACGACGACGACGACAACGACGACGACGACGGCCAGUCCGACGAUUCCUACCGUCAGAUACCCUCCUCCUGUUCCCCGGGCGACCGUGUCGCCGGUGUUCCGCGAGUUACCCUCGUACGCGCCCCCUUCUCGCGCUCUGUUCACUCCCCCACUGCCACCCGAGUACCUCCAUCCGUUCGCGAAUAAGCCGACGCUUAGAGGAACCAACUCGGACGUUCAUUCUGGUCACAAAAGACCGGUGCCACCGCCCAGCGGCACGCCGGCCCACGAGAGGAUACCCAUCAGGCCACCCGACCUCAAGGGCCCGUCCCAAGUGCCGGAGAGGCAUUCGCAUUCGAGAAACAAGCCUCUGAACACACCCAGCAAGGAGCAGAACGUGGUCGAGUCCAGCGACUCCGACAGGAGAAACAAUACAAACGAGUUCGUGCCCACCCUGCACUACCCGAGCAUCUCCAGGAUACUCUCCGGCAGCAACGGUAAGAAACAGGAUAUCCCUGAAAUCCUGUUAAAACCCCUGGCCACAAAGACCCCGCCGCAUAACGCGCCCGUAGUUCCGACUACGGAGAAGAUGACCAUGCCGCCCACUACGACGGCCAGGACGUUCAGCACGUUGAAUCCCUCCAAGUCCGCUACGCAGCCGACGAUCUUCAACCUGCCGAACACCAGGAGGCACGACGACGACGGUUACCACGGCCUCAGAACCGAGAACGGUUUCAAGACGGAAAACAUUGAAAUCGUGGACACGGAGAGACUGCCGUAUCCUCAGCCACAGCCGCCCGCGCCACCCCCGAAGAGGCCGAACGAGGCCGACGAUCGCAACGUGCCGCAGGUCGACACGCAGCAUCCGCUCGAAUCCACUUGGCGGGUCGCCUGGUUCCUUCACGUAUACGUGGCCGCGAUCCUCUUCACGUUAAUGGCUCUAUACUCGAUCUACAAGAUCGUACGUUUCAACGAGGCAACGAAUCUCCUCACCCAAUCGUAUUUCCUCACGGUUCACCUGCUCCUCACCACCGUCUGCACUCUUAGGUGCUUUCAUCUGUUUUACGACGCUUACAAUCUGGGCCAUUCGUUGCCCGAACCCCUGUCCCGAGUGCUCAUGUACCUCCCCGCGCCGUUGCUGUCCAGCGCGUUCGCCACUCUGGUCCUCUACCUCGCGCGUUGCUCCGAGGCGCCGUCGUUGAACAACAGGUUUCUCUCGCCGAUCGCGUUGAUCCUGGCGUCGACGAUACACUGCGUCCUCUGUAUCUCUCUUCACGUGUCGACGCACGUGCUCGGUUACCAGGACGAGGCCAAGAUACUGCCGCUGAUCUGUCAGUGUAUCUACAUCAUCGUCUGCGUGACCCUCGGGCUCGGUUACAUGUACGUGUACCGAGUGGUGCGUUCGCAAAUCUUGUUGACCAACAACAAGACCGCCGGAGCGAAUCACAUAGUCGGCGCCGAUCCUACCACGGUGGCCCUGAGCACGGCCAUCACCACCAGCAUCGCUACAGCUGUCGUCUUCAUCCUGAUGGGCUUCGUCCAAUUGUACGGCAUCUUCGGCAACGUCCAGGAACGACCGCAGUCGUAUCCUUGGCUCUGGUGGGGCUGGCAGUUCUCCGUCAGGCUGUUGGAACUGGCGGUGUGCGGGCUCCUCGCCUGGGUAGCCAGUCUGUCUCAGUACCCGUUGAGGGAGAAACAGCUGCAGCAACACCCGGUGCAUUCUGGUUUCGCUCUGUUUCCCUGCGGCAACUCCACAUCCACCGAGAACAUGGACGAUGUUCUUUACCCGGCUAUCUGCAGUACCAACCAGGCGAUACAGAACUACACGAUGAGGACCGGGAAACAGGUUUACGAUGACGGAUUCCCGCUGAACACGCUACCCGAGCAUUUGAACAUAUCAGGUACUUUCGAGAGGCAUUCCAUUCGCAAGUCGGGCACCAUGGGCCACUUUCCGCACGAGGGGCGCGGUUCGUUAAACCGGCACGGUAACGGUAUACAGACCAUGCGGAACUCGGAGACUCGCGACAGGCACACCCCGGUGCAGCAGGUGACCGGUGGCCACGAGCAGACGCCGACCACGGGCUCGACGAUGCUCGUCGCCGAAGAUGGUUUCGUCAGAUUCCGCAGUCUGGGUGCCGAGGACGACGAAUUGUCCGACACCCCGAGCAUGGUCGGCACCCACGGCAGAGGAAGCUCCCUCGCUGGAAGCGUAAGGUUCAACGCGAGACACCCGGCGCUGCAUCAGCAUCAACACUCUCUCCAACAUUCGCACCAGAGUCAGCAUCAGGCUCACCACCAGCUGUACAUCAAUACGUAAAAGUCUGAUGAGGGUGUUAAGAAUGAUAACUACUUGUUCCCGUUGUCUUGAUUACGGUCAGAGGUGAGAUCGUCAACAAAGAUAUAAAAAGAUGUUCCGCGUGGCUCUCACUGCGACAACUAAUGGUCUAAACAACUUCGAAGAAACUACUUUUACCUUUACCUUUUUAUGUAAGAUACGUCCUGUGUAUAGACAAACCCUAUAUCGCGAGCUUUCGCGGAAAGUCCGAGUGGGUAGCAUUAAUGAUUUGCCGGGGACUUCUUACGAGAGCAUAUACAUAUAAAAGCGCAAAAUGAGCGAAAAGUAAGAAUAAAAAAAAAUAAGAAACUCGGCAUCCGCAUUCUCCCGCUUCGCGUUUCCGCGUCCGAGCCGACGACGCGACGCCUCGUCUCUCCCGUGGUAACCGUAAUAUUUAUUAUCGAAGUUCGAGCAGCGGGGAAUGAAACGAGGAGGGUAUUAAUGUAUACGCGAAACUCGGUAAAGAGAAGUUUCUUAUCCUCUACCACCCGCUGAGGGUGCGUAGUGUUCAGGGUAUCUCGAACAUUGACCUUACGAUUAGGCACUUGGUACUUAUUAAGGUUCGUGUGAUUUAAACAAACAGUCGUAUAUCGCUCGUCGCGGGGAGAAAGGGAGAAAAGAUAAAUCUUCUGUAUAGGGAAGCAAGCUUUCUUUCGUUUUUCCUUCUUCGAGUAGCGAGAAAACUCGGCUGUGGAUAGUAUCGGUGCAACACGUGACUCGAUCAAAAUGUGUUCGCGGUAUCUACGAUUAGCAGUUCGCUUUAAAAAAUUUUUUCUAAUACUUCAGUUGGCACUCGGAAUUGAGAUUCACGUUCGUAGCUGGAGUCUAUUUGGUCACAUGUUCAACCGAUACACGCGUCGUCGUAUCCUUCCUCGAGAUCGCACGUCCCGUUCGGGAUCGACGGGAAGUAUAUUUUAUAACGAAGAGCGAAAGCGGAAAAAGACUAAAGAUUUAAUAGAAUGGAAAAUCAUUCGCGUGGUCCAAGUAAAACUGAUCGAGAACGAACGAGAGGAAUUUGUCAUAGCUCCACGAGAAAGCGAUUUCGAGCAGCUAUGAGUAACGCGUAAUUUUUGUUCGUCGAAUCGAAGGAAAGGCCAAGUAUAAAGAAGAAUAUAAUGGUUAAAUAUGGGCAAAGAGAAGUCGAAGAGGAAUAAAAGACUAACGGCAUUGUACAGUCGAUAAUAAUUUAUCACUCAGUCCAAUUGUAAGAUUGAUUUAGCAGUUAAGGGUUGGAUUAAGGAUUCUCUGUUACGAUAUUAAGUUACGUCGAUGUAGCCAGUAGAUGCUACUGCGCUCGUAGGAACGGAUAUCAGCGAUUUCUGUUAAACGAAUUCAAUGUCGAGCGACAAGCACGAUGUAACUAUAUUUCCUCUCCGCGUCGGAGACACAACCACGAAGCAUUUAAAUACUUGGCACACAGGCCAGCAUAUUCCUUUUGUUUCUCCUGCUCCAUUCUCUUCUCCACCCCCUUAAUUUCAAUUUGUCGAAUUAUCUUACUUAUUGUCGCGACUUCUUUUCCGUAUCGAACCUGAGGUACAAAACGUACGGUACUGGGACACGGUAAGAUUUCGAUUAUCUCUCUCGGUUGUCAAAGCCUAGUGUUCACUCUAAUGUACUCUGAUGCUAUGCGUAAGAAAUUCUCGAUUAAUUACGUUUCUACGAAAUGCAUGUCUCCAGUCGAGAACCGAAUAAUCGAAACCCUGUCGUUAAAAUCUUUCACGAAGUAUCGAAGAACCUUCUACUUAAUAUCGAUAAUAGUUUUAACGAGCGGUCACAGCGCAGUGUAUAUGUUUAUAUGGACGUUGUAAAUAAGGUAUACGGGCUCGUCGUGAGUAGAUACAUUAAAAUUCGUUUCUGAUAGAACCCGCGCAGGUUUUAUCCGAAUGCAAGCACCGAGAUUCACAAACAGAGGAAACAUACACGCAUUAAACGAGUAUGCACUCGUCUACCCAGCUACGAUCGUACUACGAAAUCCCGUUCACUAUACACGUACCUCCUAUCCUCCAUCCUACCUAUCCUCUAUCUCGUUCUCGGUUGUAAAUGCAACAGUCGUAUCGUUUUAUUUAUGUCGAAAGCUGUAUUUAUUAUAUGCGAAACAUUCCACAGCAAGAUGAUCCGUGUGAGUGCGAUCGGUUUUGUUGGAUUUCAUUGCAAUUACUAGACUAAAAUGAAUAUAGUGCUGAAGAAAGACGAACAAAUGUAAAUAAAAAGCUUCUUUUGCGAAAGAACUUAUGGUUUCUCCUGAUUUUCUUGAUCAUCUCGCAAAAUUCGUUCCCCACGUCAUCUUUAAUCGAAAGUUAUUUAGGAUCCGAUCUGUUUCCAUAACAUUCCGACUUGUUUUUUAAUAUUUCAUUGCACGUUACAAUGUUACAUUAUUUUUACGACCGCUAUUCUUUUAACGACCAUCAAACCGUCGUGGGCUUGAUCAUAAAUCGAACGGUGCUAUUCCCAACGAAUAAUAUUUAACGCGAUUUAUACAUUUUAUUUGAAAGGUCGCUUGUCGAAAUUUGUACCGUCGUUUAGGCAGAAGACGGGGAAGAAGGAAAGCAUUUGAAUACGUGUUUGUCUGCCGACCUAUGUCACGAUGUAAAAGCAAUUCUGUAUAGAUAACGCAAGUAUGUCAAGAACACUGUACAUAAAAAAAUAUUUAAUAAACCUUAUAUGUAAAAUUCUAGUCGUUCUUUUGCAUGGAUCGUACAUGUACAAUUGCUGAGGACGUAAAGUUUUCCCUUCAAAAAUUCCGGGACCGGUAAAUACAUUAGGACGAUAAUGAUUGUAUAAUAAUGCUUAUUGAAACCGUGAUUAAAAUAUCGACGACUAUCUUCCAUCGAA